GGGAACGUUUUGAUCACGGAAAUAAGGGAAAACCCAUGUUGAAAACAUUAAUAUAAUAUUUCACAGAUGUCGAACUAGUUAACCAGGUUAAAUUCAGUCAGUCUUGCGUAAAUUUGUAAAAGCAACGAUGGCCAGCUGCAAUGUGCAAGCAACUCCAUCCCAGGAAGAGCUGAAGCGGGCUGAGAACAACAAGAAUGUGAAAAACUCCGAAGAAUGUCAACCAAUGGAAGACGAUGUGGAUGCGGUUGUCCCAUCUUCGUCGGAGAGUGAGCUGCGGUCUCGCAGUUCGGGAGUCGGGCCCACUAAAAUUCCGGCUCCUCUUUUCUUGGGACCCAGUGCCAGCAGCCGGAUCUACCGUUCACUGAUGCCCAAGGGGAAGCGACGCUCCUCCAUGGAAAGUCACCAGAUGGCCGACGAUUCUGGCAUCAAUUUGGAUUGCUCCACGGACGAGCAGCAGACUACGCUGUCGGCCAGACCAAGUCCAAUGCUGCAGCCGAUGCUCGACAGGAUUCCGGACACUAGCAGCGAGAUGGAGCUGCGACUGGCAGAGGAGCAGACCCUCAAGGAACUUCAACGCGUCGUCGCCGAAAUGGAGGCUGAUGUGGCUCUUAAUAAUUUGGAUAUCCAAAAUCUACUGCCCGAUGAUAUUGACCAGGAUAUACAGGUGCAAUAUAACGCCACUGAUGUGGACCAGGAUACACAGUUCCAAAAUGAAGCCUCUGAUGUGGAUAAUGUCGCCGAGUCUUCCGGACUAGAUAUGGAAAAGCUAACAGGAAAAGAUAUUCAGCAGGAAAUACUUCUGAGUGAACCUGAAGAACUUCCGGCAGGAAAUGUAGAGAUGGUGGAAAAAGAAAUUUCACAGAAAGAGGAAUUUCCAGAAAUAAAGGAAACUGCCGUGGAAAUAGAAUCUUUAAAGGAAUUCGAAAUUGUCCAGCAUUUGGACGAAGAGCCAGUAGAUGAACACCCCGAGAUCGUCCAAGAGACCCCGCAAUAUCCUACAGAAGGAGAAUCUGAGAAAACUGAACCCGAAUCGGAUAUGGAGGAACUCGAAACGAUCAUUAAUGAAAGUAGCGAGUCCGAAGAGGACAGGCUUGUUCGUGAACAAUUCGAGAAAUACCCCGAAACUCUGGAGCCCAUGUUUCAUCCACUGGCGGAUGAGAUUGUGUGCAUUGACUCGGAGCCGGAACUGGCCGACCAACCCUCGCUGGAGGGGUCGGUGGAAAGCGGUCGCGAGAUGGUAACUUUGGAUGAACUAUUUGAUCCGGAGUACAACGUGCACCUAAUGCGCCAGCUUCUGCAGGCCAGAAUAGAAGAGAACAGCGAAAUUGAAACAAUUCCAGACUUUAUAGAAAGUGAACAAGCGGAAGAAAAGGAGACGGAGACGGAGACGGAGCCGGAGGCGGAAAUCGAGAUGGAGGAGGAAAUAGAUCCGGACCUAAAACAAACUGGCAAGCCCUUGCCCUUGAGUUUCUUGAGGCGUAUAAUGAACAACAGAAUCAUUAAGCUUAGCUGUCCCAUAUUGUUCUUCAGCUUGGCUUUCAGUUUAAUCUAUAUGAUGCGCAAGGAGUAGAAGUUCACUUUUCUAGAAAUGCAAAUUUAAUAAUACGAACUUGCGGGAGCAUAUGUAUGUUCACUACGGUAUAUCCUACGAAAUACUUCAAAAUCGCCCCACGCAUUGGCAUAGGGUUGCCUUAAAUAUCUAUUUUCCAAAUAAAUAUCCACAAUAUCACGGC